ACCUCCAUUCCAUGAAAAGCCAGUUAUAGUAUUAUCCAUUAGCCAACAAUGAUGGGGCCAGAAAAACAAGAGAAUCCGAGCCUUCUCAAAAGGGGAUGGUUAUGGCUUAGAGAUAUUCCAUCUAAGCCCAUAGCUAAACUAUGUGACGUAGCUAGGCGAGCAAUAAAGGUAGCAGAGGAAGAUCCAAGAAGAUUGAUUCAUUCCCUCAAGGUCGGAGUUACAGUAACAUUAGUAUCAUUGUUGUACUACCUCCAGCCUAUGUACAACAACCUUGGUGCCUCUGCAAUUUUGGUUGUCAUGACCGUGGUGGUUGUUUUUGAAUUCACAGUUGGUGGAACAAUUGGAAAAUGCUUGAACCAAGGAUUAGCAACCUUAGCAGCUUCUGCUCUUGCUAUUGGAGCUCAACACUUAGCCAUCCUAACUGGGAAGAGAAGCGAACCGUAUCUGAUUGGACUAUUUGUAUUCAUACAAGCUGUAGCCAUGACUUUCAUGCGAUUCUUCCACAACGUGAAGGCCAAAUAUGACUAUGGGGUGCUUAUCUUCAUCUUGUCAUUCAUCCUGGUUUCCAUAUCUGGUCUUAGAAUGAAUAAUGUCCUAAACUUGGCUCAAACAAGGCUUGUUACCACACUCAUCGGUGCAUCAACUAGCCUGGCCAUCUGCAUCCUCUUCCGCCCUGUGUGGGCCGGUGAAGAUCUUCACAAAUACGUGGCUCAAAACAUAAUCCAGCUUGGAAAUUUCUUGGAAGGACACCUGGAUCUGUGUUUCAAAACAUCGUGUGAUGCAGGGAUAGAGAUAACAAAGCCAUCUAUCAUCAACCUAGACAGUAUCCUUGCAGAUUCAAAGGUCAAGGAAGAAACCUUGGCCGAUCUAGCCAGAUGGGAGCCAGGGCAUGGUCGGUUCAUGUUUCGCCACCCAUGGGAACAAUACCUCAGAAUCGGAAACUUAACAAGGCAGUGUGCCUGCCGACUUCAACCAAUCAAUGGCUACUUAAACUCCGAUUUUCAAGCACCAAAAGAAAUCGAAUGCACAAUCAAAGAGGCAUUUACAGAAUCAACAAAGGCAUUGAAAGAGCUGGCAUGGGCAAUAGAAACAAUGACGGAGCCAUCAUCAGCUAAUCCACACAUCGAAAACCUAAAAAUCGCGUCGAGAAAUCUAAAAUCUCAGCUGAGAUCGGGUGAUUGGGGAGAUCAAAGCGAUGUUCUGCAAAUAAUACCUGUUGCCGCGGCGAUGAUCGAUACGAUUUCCAGCGUGGAACAGAUUGGUGAUGCGGUGAAGGAGCUCGGUUUGAUGGCGAAAUUCAAGAGUAGAAUGGCGGAAAUUCCGAGUUUGAGUGUUGCGAUUGAUUAAGGAAAUUGAAUUUUCUGCCGAAGCUCAUGAGCAAAUUUUAAUGGCGUGUGGAGUUAUUUUA